AUGCCAGACAUCGACCUAAGAGUAGCCAGUCACAAGUUGUCUAUUCUUCGGGAAGCUCGGCCUGUUGCACAGAAAAGAAGAAAGAUGGGGGGAGAAAAUAGGGAGGCAGCCAAAGCGGAAGUACAUAAGUUAAUUUCAGCAGGCUUCAUCAAGGAGGCCACCUACACGACCUGGCUGGCCAACGUAGUGUUGGUAAAAAAGGAAAAUGGCAAAUGGCGGAUGUGUACAGACUACACCAACCUCAACAAGGCGUGCCCUAAAGACACGUACCCUCUCCCAAGCAUCGAUAGAUUGGUAGACGGUGCAGCUGGACACAGGGUGCUUAGUUUUUGGGACGCGUACUCUGGGUACAAUCAGAUCCCAAUGUAUCCUCCUAACAAAGAAAAAACGGCGUUCAUCACGGAAGAAGCUAACUUCUACUAUGAAGUCAUGCCUUUUGGACUAAAAAAUGCUGGAGCCACAUACCAGCGGCUGAUGGACAAGGUGUUUCGUCAUCUCAUCGAAAGGUGUAUGGAGGUCUACGUCGACGACAUGGUAGUCAUGUCAGAUUCACUCGAGCAACACGUCAAAGAUUUGGACGAGGUCUUGGCAGCUGUACGGAAGUAUGACAUGAGACUGAAUCCAGAAAAGUGUGUUUUCAGUGUUGCAGACGGAAAAUUCCUGGGUUUCAUGUUAACCCACAGGGGAAUAGAGGCCAAUCCCGACAAGUGUCAAGCAGUUGUUAACAUGAGGAGUCCAACCAACAUCAAGGAGAUACAAAGAUUGGUAGGGAGGCUAACUGCGUUAUCACAUUUUAUGCCUAAGUUAGCAGAAAGAAUCCAGCCGAUGCUUAGGCUCAUGAAAAAAGCGCAAAAAUUAGUAUGGGAUGAGGCUUGCAAGCAAUCUUUCCAAGCGUUGAAGGAGUAUUUGUCUUCUCCCCCAGUACUACAGAAGCCUAGCAAGGGGAAACCCCUGUUAGUAUAUCUGGCCAUCUCUACCAAUGCUAUUAGCGCGGCCAUUGUACAAGAUCAGGCGGGGGACCAACGACCCGUAUACUUUAUCAGCAAAGCCCUACACGAUGCAGAACUGCGCUACCAGACAGUGGAAAAGGUAAUCCUAGCACUUGUGAUAACAACCAGACGACUACGAUCAUACUUUCAGGGAAACGAGGUAAUAGUCAAGUCUGACUACCCAAUACACAAAGUCUUGAGGCGACCUGACCUCGCCGGCCGAAUGGUUGGGUGGUCCGUAGAACUAUCUGAGUAUCAUCUUCGAUGUGAAGCUCGAGGGUCGAUCAAGGGACAAUGCCUGGCAGACUUUGUCAAUGAAUUAGCAAGAGAUCCUGACAUGCGCGAGGAAGGUUGGAUCCUGUCGGUGGAUGGCUCCUCAAACGUGAAAGGUGGGGGUGCUGGGAUUGUUUUGCAAGGACCGAAUGAUUUAUUACUCGAGCAAGCUUUGCGCUUUGGUUUUAAACCCUCUAACAAUCAGGCAGAAUAUGAAGCAUUAAUAGCAGGGUUGACCCUCGCAGCAGACAUGGGAGCAGAUACGGUGACAUGCCGAACGGAUUCUCAGCUGAUCGUAAGACACUUGGACGACACUUUCCAGGUAAAGGACCCCCUCCUAUUACGAUAUUAUCACGUUGUGCAGGGCAUGUUGAACAGAUUCAGAAUAGCAAGCGUAAAGCAUGUUGAUAAAGCCCAAAAUUCUAGAGCCGACUUGCUCUCGAAGUUGGCAACUACCAAAGUAAAGGGACAACAUCAUACAAUGAUCCAUGCCACGCUCGACCGUCCUACUGUAACUUUGGCAGAAUGCAAUACUACUAAGACAGUCGCACAAGAAGAGGAAGAGUGGAUGACUCUUAUUAUACAGUUCAUUCAACACGGCGACACGGACGGAAUUGAUGACCCCAUCAUGCGUAAGAAAGCUUCUCGGUUCACUUUGGUUGGUGAAGAAUUGUACAAACAAGACUUCUCCAACCCUCUGUUAAAAUGCGUCACAAACCGCCAAGCCCAGUAUAUUAUGGAGGAGUUACACACGGGGAUUUGUGGCUUACAUUCAGGAUCCCGAACCAUGGCAGCUCGGGUAUUACGAGCAGGAUACUAUUGGCCGACUGUCAAAGAAGACUGCGAGAAGUACGUAAGGAAGUGCACCCAAUGCCAACAGCAUGGUAACAUGAUACAUCUCAAGUCAGGGGAGUUGCACGGUAUUACCUCCCCUUGGCCUUUCGCCAAGUGGGACAUGGAUAUUCUAGGGUCCUUCAGCCCAGGGAAAGGUCAGGUAAAGUUCUUAUUGGUAGCUAUAGACUACUUCACUAAAUGGAUUGAGGCGGAGCCACUGGCCUUGAUCACGGCCCAGCAGGUACAAAAAUUUGUCUUGAAGAAUAUAGUGUGCAGGUUCGGCAUACCAAGCAUCGUCAUAACAGAUAAUGGUAGACAGUUUAUCGACAAGGGGUUAGCCCAGUUCUAUAGGGGACUCCAUAUACAACAUAUAACCAGCUCAGUUGAGCACCCACAAACAAAUGGGCAAGACGAAGCAGCAAACAAGGUCAUACUGCGAGAACUUAAGAAGAGGUUGGGAGAUGCCAAAGGAAAGUGGGCUGACGAGUUAUUAGAAGUCUUAUGGGCUUAUCGCUUCACCCCGCAGUCAACAACACAAGAGACACCCUACUGCUUAGCAUAUGGAGUAGACGCAAUGAUCCUGGUCAAGAUUGGAGAGCCCUCUUUACGGAGCCGCCUGUUCGACAUGCGUCUUAAUGAAGAAAGCAUGCUAACAAGCUUGGACCUGGUUCAAGAGCUCCGAGAUCAAGUGCGCAUUCGGGAGGAGGCAUCCAAACUAAGGGCCCAGUGCCGCUAUAAUACUAAAGUCAAACCCCGAUCUUUUCACCAGGGAGAUCUAGUAUGGCGUAUGGCAAGUGCCGCCCGGAAGCAUGAAGGGAAGUUCUCGCCCAAUUGGGAAGGGCCAUUUCGAAUCAAUGAAGCUGUGGGAAACGGCGCAUACAGGUUGGAGCACCUAUCUGGUGCCCCUGUCCCGACCACCUGGAACGCCUCACAUCUCAAGUUUUAUAACAGUUAG